AUGUCUCGUUCUCAAAUUACUGAAACAAAAAUGAAUAUAAAAAAACUGGUUGUCAAAUCUCUUGAAGAAGUCGAAAUACCAGAUGUGAUGAAGCCAUCAUAUGAAAUUGCCGAGUUAAUUUGGAAUUUAACAAUUGAAAAUUUACAAGCUACAGCAGACACUAUUCAAGAAUCCAUGAAGAAAAACAAAUACAUUACCAAGGAUUUUGUAUCUCAUGCUAUUUCCAAUAUUUCUUUAAUUCAAAUACAAUCCAGCAGUUUAUACCGUAGCUUUGCUAAGAUUUUUCAUAUUAAAAUACCUGAAUUUUUUAUUGAUAAUGAGGUAACCACAAUCAUUAGUGAAGAUAACAUUACAGAGUUUCAAAACCAUUUUAAUCGUCAACACCAAUCUAGAGUUCAGAAUUUCAUUAAUAAAUACUUCCCAGAUUCAAUAGCAUAUGGUGCAAUUAAUAUUUUUAAGUUCCUGCUUUUGAAUAGAGCAGAAAUUAAAGCAGAAUAUUGCAAGCAUGCAAUCAUUGGCGGUAAUCUCGAAAUCAUUAAAAUUAUUUGUCAAAAAGGCUUCAGUUUCCAUGAUUAUUUCAGUGUAGCAAUUAAAUUUCAUCGAAACGAUAUUGCAGAUUUUAUUCUUGAAAACUAUGGAGCAUAUUUCAUGAAUGUCGCUGAUUGUUUGAGAUUCUAUAACUAUAAGGCGGCAAUUUUUAUGUAUGCAAACAAAUGUCCAAUAGAUUAUCAAUCAAAUCCUUUUAAUUGCGUUCUUGCAACAUCAAUAUUACUAGACGAUUAUUAUACAACGAAUUAUUUUGUAGAAAAUAAAGCAAAUUUAAAUGAACUUCUUAUAACUGCUCAACCAUCAAAUCUCGUUUCUCUAAAUUUGUUUUUGGUUGCAUUAUUGAAGAAUAACACAGAAAUAAUUAAACUACUUCUUACUAAUGGUGCAGUUAUUACUAAAAAGAUCAUGCUUGCGCAGCAAGAAAUAGAAACAGCACUUACAAUUGCAGUCAGAAAUCAAAACAUUGAAAUUGUUAAUUUACUCUUAUCAAAUGGAGUUAUUGCUGAUUGUAAGGUACUCAAUAAUAAUGAAAUGUUAUGGAGGAAUGAAUUUUUCUCAGAUUUCUUUGAGCAAUCUAUCGAUUUUGGAGAAGAAAGAAGUAUUUUAAAUGCACGAUUAUUUAAAAGAAAUUUUUCCGAAAUACAUCGAAUGAUCCCAAGUUAUUUGAGCGAGAGUGAUUCAUACUAUGAGGAUCUAGAUAGUGAAUACGUUCAAAUGGCAUACUCUAGUGAUAUGGAGGAAUACGAAGAAGAAGAUUAUGCAUUUGAGGAAGAAGAGGAUCUUUCUGACCAGGAUCUUUCUGACCAAAUGCUUGAAAAAAUCAUUAAUAAAAGAUUGAGCAUUUUCAAUUAUUCCAAAAUUAAUCCAUUGAUUAUUGCUAUUGCUUUAGAAAAUGCUGAAAUCAUUAAACUUCUAAUUGAAUAUGGUGCAGAUGUUAAUGGUUCUUUAACGAUGGAUAGUGAUAAAAUAACACCGUUAAUCUUUGCAAUUCAGACUUGCACCAAAGCGAAAUAUAAUGUUGUUGCUCAACUCUUAUCUUGUGGCGCUAAUCCAAAUCUUCUUUGCGGUAAAACACCAAUCCAAGAAUCACUAAUCAACAAAAAUGACAAAUCAAUCGCAAUGUUACUUCUUGAUCACGAUGCAAAUGCAAAUUAUUUUAAUCCAUUUAAAGAUUCGCCUCUAAUUCUCGCUAUGAAGCAUAAAUUUGAAGAUUUAGUAUUAGCAAUGCUCAAAAAGGGAACUAAUCCAAACUAUUUUACUAAGGAUUAUGAUACUCCUUUAGAAUUUGCUAAAUCACAUAAAUUAAAAGUAUCUUACGAUGCCUUACUUCAAUUUGGGGCAAACCCUAACGUAAGAGAAGCAUAUGUAAAGUGA